AUCAUCACGCAGAGUCGGACAAGAUCACGACCAUCAGGCUUCUAAUCCUGCACGAAAAACAACGGGUUUUCUGUAUUAUAUGUAUGGUUUAAUAACGUGGAACAAUACAUAACGUUUCGGCGGGAAUCUAACGAAACGGAAGGUUACAAACGUUAGCUAUCAUCGACCAAAGGACGAGAAGAUGUCUGGAAAAGAAAGGCUCGACGUUUUCCCCUCCAGAAUGGCUCAGACCAUCAUGAAGGCUCGGCUCAAAGGAGCACAGACCGGCCGCAACCUGUUGAAGAAGAAAUCUGACGCCCUCUCCAUGCGCUUCCGUCAGAUCCUUCGCAAAAUUAUCGAGACUAAGACUAAGAUGGGGGAGGUGAUGAGAGAGGCGGCCUUCUCUUUGGCUGAGGCCAAAUUUGCAGCUGGAGACUUCACCGCAACUGUAAUCCAGAAUGUCAACAAAGCUCAAGUGAAGGUCAGAGCCAAGAGAGACAACGUGGCAGGUGUCACUCUCCCAGUUUUUGAGUACUACCAAGAAGGCGGGGACAGUUAUGAGCUGACGGGUCUGGCCAGAGGAGGAGAGCAGGUCUCCAGGUUGAAGAGGAACUACGCCAGAGCUGUGGAGCUGCUGGUGGAGCUGGCCUCCCUACAGACAUCUUUUGUCACUCUGGAUCACGCCAUAAAGAUUACCAACCGCCGUGUGAACGCUAUCGAGCACGUGAUUAUUCCCCGCAUCGAGCGUACCCUCACCUACAUCAUCACAGAGCUGGAUGAGAGAGAACGAGAGGAGUUCUACAGGCUGAAGAAGAUCCAAGAGAAGAAGAAGCAGCUCAAGGAAAGGACACAGUUGGAGAUUGCUGCUCGCUUGGCUAAACUGGGUCCCAUCGCAGAGCCCACCAACAUGAUGAUGGAGCAGACGGAUGAGGACAUGCUGUUCGAGUGAAGCGACCUCACGGCAGACGAGACACCGACCUCACCCAGCAUCCUAUUUAUUCUGUGCCUCUCAGGCCACUUUAUGUCUCCUCAUGGAAGUGAUGAAAGUUGUUUUUUCGUGUACUUGUCUGUGAUGAGUUGUUCUAUUGUUUCAGUGCUGGAAAGGUACUGUGUGUUUCCAGAUUUUCGUCACUUUACAGAACCGAAGUGUCGUCGCACUUGGCUGUUCACCCUGAAGGGAGUUCACUAUUAAAAAUAUUACCUAAAGAAAAAGACUAUAUAUAUAUAUAUAUAUGUGUUAUCACAUAAUUUGCGAGUGAAAUCAAAGACGGAUUCUGUGUGACUGAUCAACUUGUACAUAUUUCAGGUUCUUACAACAUUAAGAGCUAUUGCAUGCUGUAAAGCUUAAGGUGGUUGUAGAUUUCAGUGUGUGAGUUUGUGUUGUGGAGGUUGUUGUAACCUCAUUUGAGGAUGUUUACCAUUGCACCAGAAAACCCUGAAGUGAUCCCCACUGUAAAACUUGUGCAAGUCAACAAAGGCACCUCAUCAAAAUAAAGAUGUUAUCAGUAUCCAA